GACAACUUCUGGAAUAAGGUGGUUGUCCAGCCGGAGGCUGUUGAAGCCGUUGCGAACACAGUGCAAUAUAUGUGGGCAGGACUCAAAAAUCCACGAAGGCCUAUUGCAUCGUUCCUUUUCGGUGGUCCAUCAGGAUCCGGGAAAACGCUGCUCGUGAAGGGACUUUGCGAGAUUGCACUUCGACAAUCUGGCAAGUUGCUACGCAUUAAUGCCAGUGACUACAUCGAACCGCACAGUCUCAUGCGUCUGAUUGGAACUCCCGCAUGUACGGGGUAUGACUAUGGUGGUCAGCUGACUGAAUGUGUCAGGCGAAAGCCAUUC